AUGUCGGUGGAGAGAAGACGGCCUGUGACGCUCCAUAUUCAAGAGGCCGAUGAAUGGGAACUCCCAUAUAAGUUCUCCACCUGGACCAAGCUUGUCCGCGUGACUGCUUAUAUGAACCGCUUCAUUCUUUGUUCAAGAGGAAAGAGUGCGUCUCGCUCCCAUCUCUCCGCUCUUCUAAGCGCCGACAAGCUCAGGAGGGCGGAAACCUUCUGGUUGUGCUACCUGCAACAGAGGUUCUUCGAGCGGGAGACGCACUCAUUAAAGAAUAACGGCACAAUGCCGCAUUCGAGCUCGUUGAGCAGAUUGAGUCCCUUUCUAGGAGAGGACUCUUUACUCCGUCUUGGCGGGCGGUUGACGAAUUCGGCGCUCAACUAUGACGAGCAACAUCCUAUAAUCAUUCCGAAACAUCACCUAUCCGAUCUCCUAAUUGAUCGCGCUCAUAGACUCACGCUCCACGGGGGCGCACAGUUAGUACUCCGUGUGCUACGUCAGCGGUACUGGCUCAUUGGAGACCGCAGUUCAGUAAAGGCGCACAUUCGAAAAUGUGUAGUUUGCACUCGUCACGCGGCUAAACUGUCUUCUCAAUUCAUGGGCAACCUUCCCGCCGCUCGCGUCACCCCUUCGGCGCCGUUUACUCACUGUGGAGUUGAUUACGCCGACCCUCUCCACGUGAUUUCAUUCGUCGGUAGAGGGCAAAGGGCUAGAAAGGUGUACAUCGUUCUGUUUAUUUGUCUUGCCACUAGGGCAAUUCACCUCGAAAUGGUGGAGGAUUGCUCCACGCCCGGCUUUCUCGCAGCCUAUCAGAGGUUCGCUAGUCGUCGAGGUCUGCCGCGUCACAUGUAUAGCGACAACGGCACUAACUUUCAUGGAGCCAACCACGAGCUCCAUCGACACUUUCAAUCCUUAUCAGAGGAUACGGACUUGCAAAACGCGCUCGCGGGCGACGGAGUGGACUGGUAUUUCAUUCCCUCCGCCGCUCCACAUUUUAGCGGCAUUUGGGAGGCCGGGGUCAAGAGCCUUAAAACGCAUCUGAGGCGCGCGGUUAGUUCCCACUCGUUCUCAAGGGCUGAACUUGCGACGCUUCUUUGUAAAAUAGAAGCGUGUCUUAACUUGCGACCUAUCGCUCCGCUUAACGACGACCCGGGUGACUUGUCGGCGCUCACCCCGGGUUAUUUUCUUAUUGGACGGCCCCUUGUAGCCGUUCCGGAGGAAUCGGUACUCGCGAUCGACCCGCGUAGGCUCUCGCAAUGGCAACUCGUCCGUGCCAUGCAGGAAACCAUGUGGCGUGCCUGGUCACAGGAUUACUUGCAUUCGCUUCAACAGCGAAAUAAGUGGUGCAAGCCGUCUCCUAACUUCGCAAUAAGCGAAUUAGUACUAGUCAAAGGUCCACUGCUCCCUCCGAGCAAAUGGGAGCUUACCCGAGUAUAG